AGUCAACUUCUGGAAGUAAUUCAGCUCCAUUAUGAAAAAGAAGAGUAUCACAAGAAGUGAAAGUGAUUUUGACCCGAGGAGGUCGCUUGUCUCCACCUCUCCCCUCGCCCCCAGAGGAAGGAUGGAGCAGCAAACGGUGGGGGUGGGAAAAGGAAUCUGGCGUCUUUAAAGCAACAACUUGGCACAUGCUUUGACUGCAGUGAGGCUCAAGUCCACUUCCUAACAGUCUGGAGAUAGUCCACCCAGUGAGUUGUAAAACCUGUUACCCGUUAGAAUCUUCUUUCUUUCCCCGACCCCCUCUCCCUAACCCCCGCACUUGAAGGGGAUAGUCCCAAAGGCUGUUUCCGUCCAGACUUGAUCCCGUCCCCUCACCACCCCCUCCCACCCUCAGGCCCAGCCAUCUCAUCACCCGCCCUGUCUCCGCCUCCAGACUUGACGACGGGGACAAAUAGGUCUUCACACAACCUAAGGAGAAAGGCGCUUCAUUGGUUAGAUCCAAACCCCAGAGCAAGGGAGGGGGGCCAGGAGGGAGAAGAGGAGCCCAAGCUCCUCUUCUUGCUGUGGGCGGGGACCCACUUGGGGUGGGGGUUUGCGGAUGGGAAGAAGAGGCGAGAGACCCCGGUCCUCAUCCCCGAGUUACAGGUCGGAAGAAACUUGCCGAGCCUUGAGUGGCAGGCGCGCCGAUGUUAACCCCACAGUCCGCAGGGUGCGGGCACGGAAGGGUGCGGAGCCGUAUCCAGAGCUCUACACACACGCGGGAGGCUGGGCGAGAAAGGAGGGGGCGAGGCUAGGCAGGUUCCGCCUCCCCGGGCCGCGUGCACACACACGCCCACCGCGGCUCGGGCCGGCGGAGCGCGGGCGAGCGUGAGCGCCACUGUGCGCCCGCCGCGGAGCCGCUCUGCCCGCUCCUCGCACCCUGCCCAGGGCAUCUCGAGAGCCUGGAAACGUGAACAGGCUUAAAGUAUGGCAUGUGGCAAAGAUGGUUUCUGCCAAGAAGGUACCCGCGAUCGCGCUGUCCUUCGGGGUCAGUUUCGCCCUCCUGCGCGUCCUGUGCCUGGCGGUUUGUUUAAACGAAUCCCCAGGACAGAACCAAAAGGAGGAGAAAUUGUGCCCGGAAAAUUUUACCCGCAUCCUGGACAGUUUGCUCGAUGGUUAUGACAACAGGCUGCGUCCUGGAUUUGGGGGUCCUGUUACGGAAGUGAAAACUGACAUAUAUGUCACCAGCUUUGGACCUGUUUCCGAUGUUGAAAUGGAAUACACAAUGGAUGUGUUCUUCAGACAGACGUGGAUUGACAAAAGACUAAAAUAUGAUGGCCCCAUUGAAAUUUUGAGAUUGAAUAAUAUGAUGGUAACAAAAGUAUGGACCCCUGAUACUUUUUUCAGGAAUGGAAAGAAAUCUGUCUCACAUAAUAUGACAGCUCCAAACAAGCUUUUUAGAAUCAUGAGAAAUGGCACUAUCUUAUACACAAUGAGACUCACCAUAAGUGCGGAGUGUCCCAUGAGAUUGGUGGAUUUCCCCAUGGAUGGUCAUUCAUGCCCUUUGAAAUUUGGGAGUUAUGCAUAUCCGAAGAGUGAGAUGAUCUAUACCUGGACAAAAGGUCCUGAGAAAUCAGUUGAAGUGCCAAAGGAGUCUUCCAGCUUAGUUCAAUAUGACUUGAUUGGGCAAACUGUAUCAAGUGAAACCAUCAAAUCAAUUACUGGUGAAUAUAUUGUUAUGACGGUUCACUUCCACCUCAGACGGAAGAUGGGUUAUUUUAUGAUUCAGACGUAUAUUCCAUGCAUUAUGACAGUGAUUCUUUCUCAAGUUUCAUUCUGGAUAAAUAAAGAAUCGGUUCCAGCUAGGACUGUAUUUGGAAUAACCACAGUCCUCACCAUGACCACACUAAGCAUCAGUGCACGGCAUUCUUUGCCCAAAGUGUCCUAUGCUACUGCCAUGGAUUGGUUCAUAGCUGUCUGCUUUGCUUUUGUAUUUUCGGCCCUUAUUGAGUUUGCUGCUGUCAACUAUUUCACUAAUAUUCAAAUGGAAAAAGCCAAAAGGAAGACAUCAAAACCUCUUCAGGAAAUUCCAGCUGCUCCAGUGCUGAGAGAAAAGCAUCCUGAAGCACCUCUGCAGAAUACACAUGCCAAUUUGAGCAUGAGAAAAAGAACAAAUGCUUUGGUUCACUCUGAAUCUGAUGUUGGCAACAGAACUGAGGUGGGAAACCAUUCGGGCAAAUCUUCUACGGUUGUUCAAGAAUCUUCUGGAGCCACACCUCCGUCUUACUUAGCUUCCAGUCCGAACCCAUUCAGCCGUGCAAGUGCAGCUGAGACUAUAUCUGCUGCAAGAGCACUUCCACCCGCUUCUCCUGCUCCUAGUCGAACUGGGUAUGUGUCCCAGCAAGCUUCAGUUGCAUCUGCUUCUACUCACCGUACUUUUGGAUCAAGGCUGGAGCGGAUUAAAACCACUGUUAAUACUAUAGGGGCUUCUGGGAAGUUGUCAGCCGCUCCCCCUCCUUCUGCUCCACCACCUUCUGGAUCUGGCACAAGUAAAAUAGACAAAUAUGCCCGUAUUCUCUUUCCAGUCACAUUCGGGGCAUUUAACAUGGUCUAUUGGGUUGUUUACUUAUCUAAGGACACUAUGGAGAAAUCAGAAAGUCUAAUGUAAUUUUGUUGCUUAUGGUAGUUUCCUAAAAGAUGAUGAAAAUGCAGAAUGUCUUUUUAAAUGUUUUUAAACAUAAAAAAUUAUUCUUUACUAAAAUAAAAAUUCUAUGUAAUAUUUUUCCUUUUAAAAACACAAGCCAGUUAUUGGGAGAGUUAAUUAAUUUCUUAGUGAAAAGAAAGUGAACCAUCUUUCUUCUUAGAAAGAUGGUUUUAAAAGAAUUUAGCAUUCAAACUAGACAGAAAAUAUGCCAUCCUGGAAAGCUGGGACAAAAGAAAGAGGGCUAUUAGCGAUACAUGGUGCAUAUUUUUGCAUUGAAAUUUGAAAACAGACUAUGGCACUUUUUAAUAUGCCCUAUAAAUAUCAACUGGCCAUCCUGAUUUUACAGUGGCAUUGCACUUAACCAGAUUCAUUUAUUGGAUAUCACGUGCGGUGACCUUUGGAGAUCCUCUUAGUGCCUGCAAGAAAAGGACUUUUCUUGUUAAAGGAAACAUUGGUGAAAGGAAAAUGAAACAAAACACUGAUCAAUAAAGUGAAACCUCUGCUGCAUCAAAAACAAAGACGUAUACCAGGGAAAAUGUGUUCCUUUUCAUAUGUUGGCCAAACAAUACUUAAUAGUUGACUUGAAAUUUUUUGCUUUGAGCCAAAGUUUAAAUCCUUGUACAAAUUCUUUUUCAUAGUAGUUCAUUCGGUUAUGUAUUCAUUCACCGCAUAGUUAUUCAGAGCCUACUGUGUUCCAGGCGCUAUGCUAGACAUUCUCUCUAGGAAAGCUCUUUCACCUUUCCCUAUGUAUUACUUAAAGAAUGGAACAGUCAAUGCAUGCCAAAGAACCAUAAACAAGCAGAGGACAUUGCAUUAUUUAAUGAAGAAAAUUUAUUUAGAGUCUGACAGUAUAUUCAAAGUAUUUGUUUCUCUUAUGUUUAUAUAAGGAAUAUUAAUAAUAUCUGUAAGUUAAAAGCACCAUGCAUCUGAAAGUAAAAAUCUGGGCACUAUAAGACCUGACAGAUUACUUGUCUCAAAUUUGAUCAGAAUCACAUAAUACAAUUUGAUCAGACUUACAGAAUCAUCAGAAAUAGGAACUCAACACAGGCCUUUCAAAUACCUUUUCCAACAUAAUAUAGAUCUAUAUUAGCUGGUGAAAUGCUAACCUUCUUGAGGGUUUUUGUGUCCAUAAUUCCAUAUUUUGGGGCAGUUUUGUGUUUGUUUCCUGGGAGUUUUGGUAAGGUUUCAUAACUAAGGUAUUUUCAAAUUAAAGGAGCAGCAAAGAAAAGGAGUGAAGGAAAAGAAUCACAGCCAUGGCCUAGGAUGCCACUGACUUGGUUAUGCAAUUUAUCAGGAUCUUCAUGUACUGACUUUUCUUUUGCAUUAGGUAGGCUUAACAACUUAAUUGAAUUUCUUGCUUCUUUCUUAUGCAGCUCAAUCCAGGUCUGUUUUUUUGUUGUGUUGCUUCCAGGCUUUUCUUCUAUACUUCUUUCUCUCUGCUCUGGGGUUAUGUGGAUGAAUGUGUCCUGGUAUUUGGGGGGACAUUUUGAUGGAAAUUGUCAUACUGAAGACAGGAUCCCUUAUUUCUUAGGGAAGAGAUGAUAUUAAUUGGCAUUGACUUUUUAGUUAUUGCCUUGCCUUGUAAUGGCUGUAUAUGAGACUUGUAAAAUGAGCAAAUGCCAAAUAUUAAUAAUUGUGAGCUAUAUCUGAGAAUUCCUUCUUGGCUAUCUCUUUAGGUAUUUCUUGGAAUCAAUGCAUUUUAAGGCUGAAAGAUGCUGUAGAAAUCAUCCAGUCCAAACCCCUCAUUUACAGAUUGCUUCCAGAAAAAUGAGGCCCAGUAAAAUCUGUAUAUAUGUGUAUAUUUAAUAAAGAGUACUUGUACAAAAAA